AUGUCUGCAUCAGCCUCACUUCUCAGCCGCAUCCCAGGAAUCAACCCUGCACGCCUCCUGCAGCCCCAGGCAAAGGCAUGCCUCAGGAACACCACUUCAAAGCGGACAACUCGACUCGCUGCUACUUCGAACGCUCUCUCACUCCGAGGAACAGUACAAGCAAGAACCCUCGCAACCGCCGCAGCUGGAUCUGGAUCCGCCUCGGAGGGCCACACAGUCGUCAAGCCAGCAGCUCGUCUUGAGGAAUUAAACCGCCUCGGGCUCACCCCAUACCCCAGAUACCAAGCACCCAAAGUGCCCACAGUUCUUGUUCGCGACUUGAUCCAGGAAUACGAUCACAGGUUGGAAAAUGGAACCAAGGAUGAGACCAAGAAGGUCUCUAUAUGUGGACGAAUCCACUCCAAGCGUGAUUCGAGUGCAAAGUUGGCCUGGUUCGACCUGAUCCAAGACGGCCAUUCGAUCCAGGCAGUUUUUAAUCGGAGGUUGUUUGCCGGAGACGACAAGGCGUUUGAGACUAUUCACAAGAGCUUUCAGCGUGGAGACAUUGUUCCAGAGUUGACUGGCCAUGUUGGAAAGACUAAGACGGGACAGCUGAGCGUUUUCAUCACGGAAGGAUUUGAGCUUCUCUCGCCUUGCUUGCAUCCCAUCCCGACACGAUCAGGCCUCAAGGAUCCUGAAAAGCGUUUCAGGAAUAGACAUCUUGACUUUUUGGUCAACCGCGAUGGUCUGGACAUUCUUCGGAAGCGAACUCAGGUAAUUAAAUUCAUCAGGAACUAUUUGGACAGCCGUCAUUUCCUGGAGGUCGAGACACCUAUUUUGUCGACACAGGCAGGUGGUGCAAACGCCAAGCCAUUCGUUACCCACGCCAAUGCCUUGGACAUGGAAAUGCACAUGCGUGUUGCACCAGAGCUAUUCCUUAAGCAAUUGGUCAUUGGUGGCGCCGAUAGAGUGUACGAGCUUGGAAAGCAGUUCCGCAACGAGGGUAUUGACGCGGACCACAACCCAGAGUUCACGACCUGCGAGUUUUAUCAGGCAUACGCCAACCUCGACAACUUGUUCCAGAUGACCGAGGAUAUGCUGCGAGAAAUGGCAAAGAGUGUCUCUGGCUCUGCCAUUAUCCCAUACAAAGUGUCUGAGACAGAGACGAUCGAUAUUUCGUUCGACAAGCCCUUCAGGAAGAUCAACAUUAUGGAGUGCCUGGAAGAGAAGCUUGGAGGACCCUUACCCGAUCUCGAGAGCGAGCCAGUUGCAGAGCUUCUUGAUCUGUGCAAGAAAAACCGCGUCUUUGUCUCGGCGCCUCAUACCAUCCCUAGAAUCAUGGAUAAAUUAAUCUCAACUUUUAUCGAACCCGAGUGCGUUCAGCCCACGUUCCUGUGGGGCCACCCUAUUAUUAUGAGUCCCCUCGCCAAAGACAUCAAGUUAGCAUCGGGACGGACGGUUGCUGGUCGCUUUGAGCUGUUUGUGGUGGGCAAGGAGAUUGUGAACGCGUACGAAGAGUUGAAUGAUCCUACGCAACAGCGCGACAGGUUUACAAAACAGCAGACGGACAAGGAGAAUGGUGAUGAGGAGGCGCAGCCAAUGGACCAGGCCUUUUGCAGUGCGCUUGAGUAUGGCUUGCCGCCAACGGCAGGAUGGGGUAUGGGCGUUGACCGUGUUGUCCAGAUCCUGACUGGCUCUGGCCAUAUCCGCGACGUGCUCGCCUUUCCUACGAUGCGCGCACUGAAGGAAUAA